CAGCCACAGAUCUCUCUACGCUCCCAAAGCUUUCCUCCUUUCGAAGCAUCCAAUGGACGCCUCAGCCACGGCAACCGGCGGCAAGGCGAAGAAGGGAGCGGCCGGGCGCAAGGCCGGCGGGCCCAGGAAGAAGUCCGUGACGCGGUCCGUCAAGGCCGGGCUCCAGUUCCCCGUCGGCCGCAUCGGGCGGUACCUCAAGAAGGGCCGGUACGCGCAGCGCGUCGGCACCGGCGCCCCCGUCUACCUCGCCGCCGUCCUCGAGUACCUGGCCGCGGAGCUGCUGGAGCUCGCCGGCAACGCCGCCAAGGACAACAAGAAGUCCCGCAUCAUCCCGCGCCACCUGCUGCUCGCCAUUAGGAACGACGAGGAGCUCGGCAAGCUGCUCGCCGGCGUCACCAUCGCGCACGGCGGCGUGCUGCCCAAGAUCCACUCCGUGCUUCUCCCGAAGAAGACGGUGGAGAAGGAGGCCAAGUCCCCCAAGAAGGCUGCCAAGUCCCCCAAGAAGGCGGCCAAAUCCCCCAAGAAGGCUUAGAUGCGCGCACCGAUUUGACUUAGACUCUGUGUAGUGCUUCAGAUUAGUGUUUGAUUUGUCAAUGUAAUGUUUGUCUUCUGUGCUGCUAAGAAAAAUCGUAAGAAAUCUCUCUGAUUUUGCACGACCAAAUCCCCCAAGAAGGCUUAGAUGCGCGCAUCGAUUUGAUCUAGGCUCUGUGUAGUGCUUCAGAUUAGUGUUAGCUUCUGGCUAUACCUGUGGAUGUAAUGUUGGUCUUCUGUG